CGUAUUCAGGAUGAGCUAACCUGUCUCAUUCAUUUACACACUUACUCACACAGAGAGACACAGCCUUAAUUUCACUCAGCUAAAAUCCUCCGUAGGCUCAUUCCAGCUCAUUCCAGCUUGUUAACAAGCAGAUUGCCUCCAAAUUUAUUUCCUUUUCACAUUCAGUAUCUCACACAUAGACACACGGAUGAGCUGUAAGUACAGACUUGCACAUUUCCUCGCCCUGUCACUCUCUCACAAGGUUAGCGGCAAGCCUUCCUUUGUUGAAAUCAGUUUUUAUGUGUGUGUUUACACACUCACAUAGUUACAGAGCUGCUCUAUUGUUUUCACAUCAUUUCCACACUGGUGUUCCAACUUCCUACUCCACUGUGUUAUGCUGCCCUGGAGCACAUUCCUCAAAUUUUGUGAAAUUUGUGCAGAAAGUGUUUGUGUGCAUGCAGGUAUGCAUGUGUGUGCCAGUAUAAAUCCUGUAGCAGAAUAUUGUGUGUGCCUGUGAAUUUGUGCAGAGUGGUCCAAAUGUGCGUUUUUGAGAUCAAAAGUCUAUUUGCAAGAGGCUUCAGCGAUUAAUCUUACAUGAUUGUAUUGCCGUCUCGCAGGAGUUAUUAUCGUUACAGCUUUUAGCACAUUCAUUAGCUUUGACAUUGACUCUAACCUCUGGUUAGAUGCAAGGAUUUGAUAAGUGGGAGCAGCAGCUUAUAUGCAGUUCCUGACCUGCAGAGAAGUUUAGAGGGGCCUGCCUAGCUAGCCAAAGGCACAGGGAGGGAAACAGAGCUAGGCUUGUCCAGCACAGCAGGAGAAAACACAGAGAUGGUAUUGUGACGUUUACUUUUGAGUAGGAAACUACUGGCCAACGGUGGCCAGAUUAUGAACACAUGGGCCAAUAAUCUGAAACAGAGCGGUUUCUGAGAAGAUUGCAGACAUCGCCUUGUAUUACAGAAGGAAGUCGCUGAGAGAGCAGUGGUUAAUGGAAGGAGCUCCCUUAUCCCCAACUUCUCUGGACGCUGAGAGCCUUCACUCACCUCCAUGGAGUGCCCAGGCCCAGCAUAUGGAAGAGCACAUUGAAAAGUCGCAGUCAGAGAAUAAGCAGUUGGCAGACGAGCAAGAAAAGCUGGAGCAAAGGACAGAGGAUGGUGAAACGGUAAAAAUGUUACAUGCUGGAGAUGAAGUGGUCAGUGAUGUUGCACAGAAUGGAGAAAGCAAUUCAACUGGAUCAGAAACAAGUGAAAGUGAUACGGAGAUAUACCAAGAGGCACCACUGGAUGAAAAUGGAGUCAUUGUAACCAAUGGUGUGGAAAACACUGAAGUUAGUGCUUCAGAUGAAAAUAAUCAGUCACUCACUAAUGGGCCAACCAGUGAUGUUAGUGUGGAGAUGGGAAAGAAUUUGGAUGUUUCUGAGGAAGAUCCAGUCAAGGUUCCAAAUACCAAUGUUAAAGAAGAGGAGGAAGAAGAAGGGACUCUGGUGAUGAGAGCAGAAUGCAUCUUCAUCACAGAUGAUGGGGAUGAUGUUUCUGGAGAGGUUGUGCCGCAGGCAGAUCAACAGGAGUCCGUGCAGUCAGACCAGAUCCUUCUGCCAAAUCCAGAAGCAGAAGCCAGCAAAGAGGGAGGGGAGGCUGCAGAGGAGGAUGUACAAACAGAAACUUUUACAGAGCCAGAGAGUGAGCCAUUGGGAGACAUAGAUGAUAGCAUAAAGGCAAAUCCAGGUGAAGAUGAAGAUAGAGAUGUAAAAACUGAGGGCCAGGACAACGAAUUGAAAGAUCCAGCCUGUGUGCAGUCGCAGUCCCUAAUCAGUCCUCCAGAGAGCACUGUGGUGGCUUUGUUGCCUGUCUAUACUGAGGCACAACCUUCUAAUCUUAGUCCCAAUCUACAGGUUCAAGCUGAAGAAUCAGCAGCAGUACCAGAGGAAACUGAGGCAGCAUCAAAAGCACAAGAGGCUACCUGUCUUACUGAUCAGUUCCAGGAGGUGCCUCUGGCUGAUGCCCAAGAAAACCAAAGAACAGAGGCAGGGUCUGGGGAACAGGAACCCCUUCUGUUGAAUGCCAAAGCCCCCAGCACCAUGGUAGAGCCAGCAGGCGCUGACAGCCCAGCCAAUGCAGAGGCACAGAGCCCAAACGCAGGUAACCAGGGAGAUGCAGCUGAGUCAAACAAACCCAAAAAAUGCGACUGCUGCUCUGUCAUGUAAAUGCCCUGUGUGUACAUGCAUUUACUCUCAACCUCUUCACUCUGCCAGUAUCCUUCAGCCUGUGCAUUGGCUGCUCAGUUCAUAACAAUUACUUCCCUCAUCUCUUUGUUUUGUGCAUCCAUCCAUUUUUUUUUUAAUAAGAAUGCCUGGAAGCUGCUUCCCUUUCCUCCACUGUCCACUGCCAACAUUCCUAGUAUUCCUCUUGAAAUUUCCUCAUCCCCAGUCUCAAGCUUUGAUGCUGCAACAGGAAGUGUGCUCGCUCCAACAUGAGGAGAGGAAUCAUAUGGACUGAACUAGUUUUAAAGUGGAACUACAGUUUUAAAAAGAAAAACCAAACAGGUUUUUUUUGGGACACACUGUUUUGAGUUUGAUAAAAUUCUCUUCAGAGAACAAAAAUGAUUUCAUGUAUUUUACAUUAUUUGCUGAAGUCAUUUUGUAGUUUUAAAAAUCUGAGUUGUAACUGGAAAAUUGCAAUGUUAUGGAAAGGUUCAUAAAUUUCUGGAGAUAUUCUGUUUUACUGACUUGAAGCAGGACUGUUAUCGCUUUAGGCUUUUCAAUAAAUGUUUUUAAUCCCACUACAGUAGCCUAAACAGGUUUAACCAACUGACUAUUUGGUUAAAUUGUGUCAUUUAUAAACAGUGUGCUUCAUUGAUAGUUAAAAAAAUAUUACCUAAAAGUAUGAUACAUAUGGGUUUUUAAAAAAAAAAAUCUUAACAUGGAAGGCCUGGAAUUCCUGAGAUGACUCUGUUACAAAUGUACAUACUGUAUACAGAAAGCGUGUAUAAUUUUUUUUUUUUUUGAAAUGAUUUAAUGAUUAAACUGUCAUUUGCAAUACUCUUCUUAACAU